ACACAGUUUUAGAGCAAAAGCAGCAGCUGAAGCAGCAAGUGUGGGAGGGGUGAGAAAAGCAGCAGAUUCCCAUCGUUUUCUCAGAUCUGAAAAUGGAGCACCACACCACCACCAGCCGCGCCGAAGCCGAGCGCCUCCUCGGCAUCGCCGAGAAGCUCCUCCGCUCCAAGGACUUCUCCGGCUCCCGCGACUUCGCCAUCCUCGCCCAGGAGACCGAGCCCCUCAUCGACGGCUCCGACCAGAUCCUCGCCGUCGCCGAGGUCCUCCUCGCCUCCGACUCCAAGCGCUCCAAUCAGCCCGACUGGUACUCCAUCCUCCAAAUCCCCCCCCGCACCUCCGACCUCGACCUCAUCAAGAAGCAGUACCGCCGCCUCGCCCUCCUCCUCCACCCCGACAAGAACAAAUUCCCCUUCUCCGACUCCGCCUUCCGCCUCGUCGCCGAUUCCUGGGCCGUCCUCUCCGAUCCCUCCAAAAAAUCCCUCUACGACGCCGAAUCCGCCUCCCGCUUCACCCGCGUCGACCUCGUCUCCCCCAAACGGAACCACAAAAAGCCCAAUUCCGGCCAGAAAUUGCCCGUCCGCCGCAGCGGCAGAAGCACCGCCGGCGGAGAGAACGAGGAUGUUUCAGAACCGCCGAGAUCCGCCACCACGAAUCAUAACCCUAAUAGUAACAAUUGGGGGAAUGCUAAUAAUAAUAAUAUGUGGACCACUUGCCCCUACUGCUACAAUCUCUACGAGUACCCUCGCAAAUACGAGGACUGCUGCCUCCGCUGCGAUAACGAGAAAUGCCGGAGGGCUUUCACGGCGGCGGAGAUUUUAUCCAUGCCGCCCACGGUGCCGGGGAAAGAGGCCUAUUUCUGCUGCUGGGGGUUUUUUCCCAUGGGGUUUGCGGCUGAGGGGGAUGCCGCCGAUUUUCCCAAAUGGAUGCCCCCAAUGUUUGGGGCCACGACCCCAGCUGCAAAUCCGACCCCUGUGACCGCGGUCCCUCCUGUGACGCCUGUUGGAGCGUCGGCGACGCAACCGAAGAAAAGGGGGAGGCCUAGGAAGAAUGUGUAGGUUGUUGGAUUGGAUUGAGGUUUGUAGAAUGAAUUUUCAAUGGGAAGAAGGUUAGGUUUGGUGAUGUUUGUUGGAUUAGGAGUAAUUAAUUUCUGUUGUGAUGCUUUUCUUUUCCAUGUAAUAUUGUUGGUUAGUGCCUCCAGAGUUGAAAUGUAUGUGGAAAAUUUUCAA